AACAUUUAAAAUGUUUAUUAUUAUUAUUUGCAUGUCUAAAAUGUUUGGAAAAACAGUUCUAAACUUGUCACAAAAUUUACCUAAUGGGAUUAAAUUGGUCAUAGUUCAUCCUCCAAUUUGUGCAGACAAAUAAAAAAAAUCCAAUGUAAUUUUAUUAAUCGCAUGAUUUUUUCCAACAAGCACAAAUUUCAUAGCCAGUUGCUGAGCAAACAUGAAUGUGAUAAAAAAAAAAAAAUUAGCCCGGGUAAAUCAUGAAACGUCCUGAGGAGGGUAGUGUUUGUUUUAAGGUGGCGCGGCGGAUGGCGAGCACGUGAAACUGCGGGAGAGAGCAGCGCGUGAACGCCAGGGACCGAGACGUGGGGUCGAACACGCGGGAUCUACUUCACGUCCAACUGGGGGAACUCAAUUAACUCAGAAGUUAUCGUGUAACCUGAAGUUCCUUCAAACAAUAAAGGCCUCCUUUCAGGGCGAACAGAAAGUCCACGGUGCCUCCUUAACUGAGUGCUGGCACUUCAGAGUGGGGAGUGCAAAGGAGAGGGUCAGAAAGACUGGUGGGUGGGGAUAAAGCCCUUUUGGGAGCGAGGGGGGGGGGGGGAAACUAAAAAAGAAAAAAAGAAAAAAUCACGUGUUUGGAGAUCAAAGGAGAUCCGCUUUGUAGAGGAGGAGGAGGAGGGUGAGAAAGAAAGAGGGAGGGAGACAGCGAGGCAGCGUUGAGGCAAUGUAAUUGACAAGGCUCGCAGUGGUGAAAUAAACACGCUUCGGCGCAGGGGCUCAGCUUUUAUUGCACAAUCCCGACUCCCUUUUUUUUUUUCUUUUUUUGGAGGCAUCGCCCGCAGCGACUACACCUGAUUCCAAUUACCUUCACCCGAUUAAUUAAUCCGUGUGAAAUUAUGUCCCGAUCGGCGCAGAUCAAGCCGGCAAGAUGAUGAUUUUCCCAAGGAGAGGCUCGGCUCGGGUGCCCGACUCGCUGGUCCCGGUGAUCUGGCUGCUGGCCGCUUCUCUGGGCGCCGUUCUCGCCAAGGAUACAGCCUUUGUGGAAGUGGUGCUGUUCGAGUCCAGUCCCAAUGGGGAUUAUACUACCUACACGACUGGCUUGCAGGGACGGUUCUCCGAAGCUGGAGCCACUAUCAGCGCGGAGGGGGAGAUCGUUCAAAUGCAUCCUCUGGGACUAUGCAACAACAAUGACGAGGAGGACCUUUAUGAGUAUGGCUGGGUCGGCGUUGUGAAGCUGGAGCAACCAGAGCUGGACCCCAGCUGUCUCACGGUCCUGGGAAAGGCGAAGAGAGCAGUGCAGCGCGGAGCCACGGCCGUCAUCUUUGAUGUAUCCGAGAAUCCGGAUGCCAUCGAUCAGCUCAACCAGGUUGCAGAGGAUCCUCUGAAACGGCCGGUGGUUUACGUGAAGGGCAACGACGCCGUCAAGCUCAUGAACAUCGUCAACAAGCAGAAGGUGGCCCGAGCUCGGAUCCAGCACAGGCCGCCGAGGCCUACGGAAUAUUUCGACAUGGGCAUCUUUCUUGCUUUCUUCGUCGUGGUGUCGCUGGUUUGUCUCAUCCUCCUCAUCAAGAUCAAACUAAAGCAAAGGCGAAGUCAGAGCUCCAUGAACAGAAUGGCCAUCCAGGCGCUGGAAAAGAUGGAGACACGCAAGUUCAAGGCGAAAGGGAAGGGCCUGCGAGAAAGCAGCUGUGGAGCCUCUGAUUCGCUGAGCAGCAGCUCCACCUCUGACUGCGCCAUUUGUCUGGAGAAAUACAUCGAUGGGGAGGAGUUGCGGGUGAUCCCUUGUGCUCACAGGUUUCAUAAGAAAUGCGUUGACCCCUGGCUGCUUCAGCAUCACACCUGUCCCCACUGUAGACACAACAUUAUCGAACAAAAGAAGGGAAACCCAGGACCAGCAUGCAUGGACCCUGGCAGCUCGCUCCACGGCAGGCAGCGGGUGGUGCUGCCGGUCCAUUAUCCUGGCAGGGUCCACCGUGCCGGCCAGGUGACGGCAUACCCGACCAGAACCAGCAUGGACCCCCAUGGCAACCCUAUCACCGUUCUCACGGUGGACCAGCACUCGGACCCUCAAGGUCUGUACCCACCCCAGUCAACGUCGGCUUUCCUCCGGAGUUACCACCCCGCCCUCCAUCUGGAACAUUCACUCAACCCCCACCACUGCAGGUUGGAGCACCGCGGACCCCCCGCCUACUCCGCGCAGCAGCAUCAUACCGCUUUUAAACGACCCAAGUUCCACGGUCGCAGCUUCUCCCGAGCAGCUUGUUUUUCCCAGUAUGAAACUAUGUAUCAACACUACUACUUCCAGGGCUUGUCUUUCCCUCAGCAGCCAGAGGGGGCGCAAGGGCCUUUGACUGGGCAGCUGGGAGGAGGGGCAGGAGCCCACAAGGGCCACCACAGCAGAGCCUUCCAGCAAGGACUCCUGUACCCCACAGUGGUACACAUGGCGCCUCCUUCUUCUUCACGGGUAGGGGAUAGUGGCAGCACUUCUGGCCUGAGCUGUUACCAUGGCCACCGCUCUGUGUGCAGCGGUUACCUCGCCGACUGUCCGGGUAGUGACAGCAGCAGCAGCAGCUCUGGCCAGUGCCACUGCUCCUCUAGCGACUCCAUGUUGGACUGUACCGAGGUCAGCAACCAGGGGGUUUACGGAAGCUGCUCCACUUUCCGCAGCUCGCUGAGCAGCGACUACGACCCUUAUGUCUACAGGAGCAAGAGUCCCUGUAGGAGCUCCACGGGUGAACCGGGUGCUUCGGGUUGCACCACCGCCCCCACUGAGGACUCAUCAAUCCCUGCUCCACUGGGACAUGACUGCCUUCAGCUUCCGGCUGGUGCAUCGGGAUACAACUCGGGGGACCAUCACUCCAACUGCAGUUUGGAGCCCAACUACAGCAGUCGUUCGUCACUGGAACCCAGGGAGAACAUUAACACGAGCACUACCUCAGCUGGGGCCCCAGAGGCCGCUGCAGCCGACAGGGGGACAGGGGCUCAGGAGGAGUCGGGAGAACUUGGGGCUGCAGCCUGUAGCUGCUGUUUUGAGGUGAUUCCUCCCAAUGCAGAAAGCAAAGGGCAGGACUUGGACCAAGCAGGGCCUGUAGCCUCGGGACAUUGUCAACGGGGUGUAGACUUUCAGAGUUCCUCCCCUAAGAACUACUUCACACCCGAACACUUGUAUCCUCCUUCUGAGCAGGUGAGCUAUGAAGGGCUGCCCUGCUGCUUCUACAAAGAGAUGAAGGUGCACAGGGCCGCAGCGGGACAUUACACGGAGGACUACGCCGUUAAUGUGCAGUACGCACACUCGGACUCAGAUGCCUGCUUAGGACAGGGCUGCUGCGAACUCAACCACAGGAUACCCAUAAUUCCCGAGGACACAGACUGUGAAAUGGGUUUGGGGGCAGAGACCCAGAGCAGCUUUUUACCUGUGAGCAUAACAAUGGAGGCAGAGCUGCAGACAGGGGAGCACCAUGAGCAUAAGGAGAGGUACUUCCCCUCAGGACAGCUGGGUCAGGCUGAGGAGAUGAGGGCUUUAUUCCACUCUCAGCUCUCUGCAAGCCUGACCGUACAGGGAACUAGUACUUCAACAAAUGAGGGAGAUCUGGGAAUAUGAGCACGAGUCCGGAAAGAAGAGUCAAAAGUCGGAUAGUGGUACGCUGUCAGGAAGUCGUUUAAAACCUUUAGUUGCCUUGCUCUAAAAUUGCUCUUUGAGCGCUGAAUGUUAUCAUCUAAGAUUGUGUGGAUUUCUACUGAAAUGGUAUCUUUCCCCCCACCCCCUAAGAUAAGCAAUGCAUCAUGUUCAUUCCUGUGGCCCCUAAUGUCUCAAAGCUGAUUAGGCUCAUUGGCAUCAACUCAAAGGUUGUACGCCACCAAGAAAGGCCCUAAUUUUAGAUCAAAUCAAUAUUUAAACAAUUUUGUACGUGCAAGCUGAAGGAACGAGAGCACAGUGGACCCCUGCUUAUUCAGAGAUUCUUUUUUGUAAGGCAAAUAAAAAAUUAUUCAAACGGAUUGGGAAGAUGAAAUACCUUCACUUUUCUUAGUGCUGACUGGCUGUAACCCCAAGAGCAGAGAUAAUGUGGAUUUUAGCUACUGCGGUAGUGUCAGGACUGUUUCCACUGAGUGUAUUGUUGCAUAUUAUGGUACAUAACUAUUAAACUCUGCAGUUGAGCAUUUUUAGAGGGGGCCCCAAGUAUACAUGGAAUUCAGCUCUUGCAAAUACCAGGGGUCCACUGUCUACUAUUUAUGGAAGCAUGUCUGCAUUUGUAUAUUUUCUCUAUUUGUGCAGAUGAAUAAUGACAGCCUAUAAAGCUAAAUAAUUAUAUGGACAUAGCUAUACCAAAACAGAAAGACAUGAUUGUUUGUUUGUUUGUUUUUUGUUUAUUUGAAGAGCAAAUAAACAACUAGAGACAACUGGGUCUCUAGUUGUGGGCCCACAUGAUGAAACACAGAAGAGCAAAGAAAUGUGAAUGCAAGGCUGACACUGGUUUAUAUUAUAGUCACUAUAAAGAAUUUGUUUAUGCAUUUCAUUUCUUUACGUUGUGGCCUAUCUGUAUGACAUAAGCAACAUUAGAGCCUUAUUCUAGUGAGAUAUUAACAGCAACAUUAAACACUGCGUAAGGUCAAAAUUCAGACUCAAUUUGCAUCAGGUAUUUUGGAAACCCAAAAGAAAUGUAUUUUUGCUGUCAAUUAAGCAGUUUCCUCUAUGAGGCGUGCUCUUAUACCAGUAAAAGAUUCUAGUUUGUAUCUUAAGGCCAAAGGAAAGUAGCUAAAGUUGUAUCUCAUAAGGGUUCCUUAUUGUACUGUGACUUUUUGUUAAAUGAUGCAGUUCUACAUACCACAGUGUAUCAGUUUGAAUCAUAACGUGCCGUGCAUAAUACAUUCAUGCAAUAUCAAUGCUCGUCAUUCAUGCCUUUCUGUUUGUACUGCAGACUGUUUUGUUUUUAUACUGUUUCUAUGAAAUAUACACAUUCUCUACACAGAGGAAAACCUGAAAUAACCCUAUUUAUAAAAGUUAACCCAGUGCUGUAAUCAAGUGAGAAUCUAAUCUUUGCCUUUGCAAUAGAGAUAUGUACCUACGGCAAAUAUAACAUUUUCGGGUACUUGAGUCACUAUUUAAUUUUUCUGUUGUUUCUAGCACUUAAGAUAAAAAAAUGUGUAAAAAAUUAAUAUUUUUUAAUUUUCUAAGAAUAAUUAUUUUCUGUCAUACGAUUACAAAUGUUUAAAAAGAAAAAGAGGCUAGAAAUCGAUCUGUGUAUAUUCUGUACCUGUAUAGCAAACACAUUUCAUAAAUGGAACUAUGUUCUCUGAAUAUUUAUUUGCUAAUAUAUUUAUCUUUAAGCCAUGUCUUAUGUUCAGUGUAUGAGCGUUUGAGUUAUUUGGUUGCUUUUUGUUUUCUUUUUGAGAGAAAAAUCACUAACAUGAGACUUUGUAUAUACAUGGUAAUUGCACACAAGACGAUUAAAUCAUCUCUGACCAAAAAAACUGAUUUUAAAACUUUAGUACUAUACAGUUUUGUUAAAGUGUACAAAGAUCUGUAAAAUAUACAGUUUAAUUCAA